AGGUGUAGUGCGUGUGAUAUUACCCUCAACAGCUGGUAUUUUGAAAAAGAUGGUCUUCUCUUUUGUAAAAACGAUUAUUGGAAGAAAUAUGGAGAAGCCUGUCAAGACUGUGGCCAGAUCAUCACUGGUCCAGUCAUGGUCGCUGGUGACCACAAGUUCCACCCGGAAUGCUUCGUAUGUACCUCAUGUUCAGCAUUUAUUGGUGACGGAGAGUCGUAUGCUCUUGUUGAAAGAUCAAAAUUAUAUUGUGGAUUAUGCUACAAGAGACAAAUGCAGCCAUUGAACAAGUCAACAUCGUUCACCAAAGUUCCUCACAGUAUACAACUUAUUGAGCUUCCAGCAAAGUCUGAUAAUCAACGACGAAUCAAGCUUAGUGUAGACUCACGAAAGGGAUUCUCUCUGGUGGGACUUAGUAAUUGUCGAGGUCUACGCAUAGCUGA